AUGAAAGAUCCAUUAAUUCCGGACAAGCUGGAGGAACGGCUCUCCCAUCUCCGACGAGCGGCAAUUUUUGGUGUCACAGUAUCUGCACUCUCAGUGUUCCUAAUUAUUCUGAUGGUUCCGUAUCUCUAUUCCCAUCUUCAACGAGUCCAGUCGUUGGCGCACGACGACUUGCAAUUUUGUCGACUAAGAACCAACAAUUUCUACAAGGAAAUUAGUCGCACGGAGGUAAAGCGAAUUUUGAUUUUAACUGAUUUCAAUAAAAACCAGGUUUAAUAUCAUCUUUCAGGUAAAAAUUGAACGCGUAACUCGUGACAAACGAGCCCCCAAGCACAGUGGUUGUUGUGGUUGCGGCACCAGCCCCCCUGGUCCUCCAGGACCACCCGGAUCGAAAGGAGCACCAGGCGACGACGGCCCUCCAGGGCGCCCGGGAGCGAAUGGCAUUGAUGCCCCUGAGGAAGACACAUUCCCAACUCCGCCUCAGGUAAUUCAUAUAACGAAAACUGAUUUCCGUUAUGCGUUUUCUUCUUCUCAAUUUGUCAUACGACUGUUCGCUAUUUAGAACUGGUGUUUUGACUGCCAACCAGGUCCACCAGGUCGUCGAGGAAGGCAGGGUCCAAAGGGUCCUCCGGGAGAGGACGGUCCCGAUGGAAUCGACGGGAAGCCCGGCAGACCGGGCGCCAAAGGCCGACGAGGAAUCAAAGGUCCGGCCGGCCCGCCAGGCGCCCCAGGACCCGCCGGGACAAAAGGUCGACCUGGCACGGUCCGCGAAAUGGAAAGCCCAACGGGACCGCCGGGACCACCCGGCAAGCCGGGCCCUCCCGGUCCGCAAGGAAACAUUGGGAAGCCCGGAAGUCCGGGAGAAGACGGAGAUCCCGGGGAAGCGGGAGAUCCGGGGAAUCCAGGAACCCCCGGACGGCCCGGCACACCCGGCUCGCGUGGAGUCGAUGGAUCGCCCGGAGGUGCCGGUGAUUGUGCGCACUGUCCUCCGCCCAGAACAGCGCCUGGGUAUUGA